CAAGAUGGCGUCGGCGGCGGGUUCGCUGGCCUGAGCGCGAUGCUCCGGGUCAGCGGUUACACCGGCGGCGGCGGCAGCGGCGGCGGCGGCCUCGGCCAGCGCCUCGGGUGUCUCCGGGCCGUGAGCGUUCCGGCUCCUGACCCGCGGCCGGGCUAACCCAGACACGGAGGAGACGACCGUGACGAGAGGCGGCGGCGGCGGCGGCGGCAGCGGCAGCGCGGGGCUGAGAGCGAGCGAGCGCGAGAGCGAGACCCCGACGCCGCCUCUCGCCCGGGCACCAUGGCGGGGCUCAUCAAGAAACAGAUCCUGAAGCACCUCUCCAGCGAUCCCUGCUGGCUGUGGUGGAGAUUGGUGUGCUGUGAAUUUCAUAAUCACCUAAGUGAGUACCAGAGGAGUCUCAGAAACCCUGGCAACUGACUACUUGCUUUCACCAGGAAUAGGGAACUUUUGUCUGAAUUUCCUGCCCUCAGAUUUACCAAAAAUUUAUCUCCUGACAAGAUAAAUCUAAGUACCCUUAAGGGAGAAGGUGAACUGAAGAAUUUGGAGUUGGAUGAAGAAGUGCUGCAGAAUAUGUUGGAUUUGCCAACAUGGCUUGCCAUCAAUAAAGUUUCUUGUAAUAAAGCAUCUAUUAGGAUUCCAUGGACAAAACUGAAAACACAGCCCAUCUGUUUGUCCUUGGAUAAUGUAACAAUGGAAAUGAGCACAUGUGAAGAACCUCGUGCACCUAAUGGCCCAUCACCGAUCGCAACUGCUUCAGGACAGAGUGAAUAUGGCUUUGCUGAAAAAGUAGUUGAGGGAAUUACUGUUUCUGUGAAUUCCAUUGUGAUUCGCAUUAAAGCAAAAGCCUUCAAUGCAUCCUUUGAACUUUCCCAGCUAAGAAUCUAUAGUGUAAAUGCAAAGUGGGAACAUGAUGAUUUAAAAUAUACCCGUAUUCAAGAUCCACAGAGAGGAGAGGUUUUGACAUUUAAAGAAAUAAAUUGGCAGAUGAUUCGAAUAGAAGCAGAUGCUACCCAAAGUUCACAUCUUGAAAUUAUGUGUGCUCCUGUUCGAUUGAUAACCAACCAAUCAAAAAUUAGAGUCACACUAAAAAGAAGACUGAAGGAUUGCAAUGUUGUAGCAACUAAGUUGAUCCUAAUAUUGGAUGACUUACUAUGGGUCUUAACGGAUUCCCAGUUGAAAGCUAUGGUUCAAUAUGCAAAAUCUCUUAGUGAAGCAAUUGAAAAGUCAACCGAACAGAGAAAGAGUAUGGCUCCUGAACCUUCACAGAGUGCUACAGUAACCCAGUCUACCCAGCAAGUGAAGACACCACAGGCUACAAAUGCUCCUGAUCUGAAUGACUCAAUUGUGAAACAAUUCAACGAACAUGAUGUUAAAGAAACAUCCCAUCAUUUAGUGGUAUCUCAUUUGGAUCUGCACAUAUGUGAUGAUAUUCAUGCUAAAGAAAAAGAGUCAAACAGACGUAUCACUGGAGGAGCUAUGCAACUGUCUUUUGCCCAGCUGACAAUAGAUUAUUAUCCUUAUCAUAAAGCAGGUGAUAGUUGUAAUCAUUGGAUGUGUUUUAGUGAUGCAACCAAAACAAAAAACGGAUGGGCCAAUGAGUUGUUACAUGAAUUUGAAUGCAACGUUGAAAUGCUUAAGCAGGCUGUAAAGGAUCAUAAUGUAGGUUCACCACCUAAGUCCCCAACACAUGCUUCUCCCCAGAAUACACAAACAGAGAAAAAUUCAGUUCUGAAAGGGACAUCCGGAGCACCUUCAGUAUUAUCUCAACAAUUCAAAACUAAAUUAAUGUCCUGUUCCGUUGUGGUUAGACUGGCAGAUUUCAAUAUAUACCAGGUUUCUACAGCUGAACAGUGCCGUUCUUCUCCCAAAACUAUGAUUUCUUGCAAUAAAAAAUCCUUGUAUCUUCCCCAAGAAAUGUCUGCUGUCUACAUAGAAUUUACAGAGUAUUAUUAUCCAGAUGGAAAAGAUUUUCCAAUUCCAUCUCCAAACCUUUAUAGCCAGCUGAAUGCACUACAGUUUACUGUGGAUGAAAGAAGUAUUCUCUGGUUAAAUCAGUUUCUGUUGGAUUUAAAACAAAGUCUUAAUCAGUUUAUGACUGUGUACAAAUUGAAUGACAAUUCAAAAUCUGAUGAGCAUGUUGAUGUUCGAGUUGAUGGUUUAAUGCUAAAGUUUGUCAUUCCUUCUGAAAUGAAAUCUGAAUGCCAUAAAGAUCAGCCACGUGCAAUUUCUAUUCAAAGUUCUGAAAUAAUUGCCACAAAUACAAGACACUGUCCAAAUUGUCGUCAUUCUGAUCUAGAAGCUUUGUUUCAAGACUUCAAAGAAUGUGAUUUUUUUAGUAAAACAUACACCUGCUUUCCAAAAUCUUGUGACAAUUUUAAUCUUUUGCAUCCAAUCUUCCAGAGACACGCUCAUGAACAAGAUACCAAAAUGCAUGAAGUUUAUAAAGGAAAUAUCAUUCCCAAGUUAAACAAAAAUACUCUUAAAGCUUCUGCUGCCACAGAUGUAUGGGCUGUGUAUUUUUCUCAGUUUUGGAUAGAUUAUGAAGGUACAAAAAGUGGGAAAGGGCGACCAGUAAGUUUCAUAGACUCUUUCCCUCUUUCCGUCUGGAUUUGUCAACCAACCAAGUAUGCGGUGUCACAGGAAGAGCUUCAGACUUGUAACCAAGCAUCUAUUAACACAUCUCAGAGUGAAUCGAGUGGUCUGUCUGGUCGAUUGAAGCGGAAAAAGCUCUUGAAGGAAUAUUAUAGUACAGAGUCUGAGCCCCUGACAAAUGGUAGUCAGAAACCUUCAGAGAAUUUUGUAAGAUUUUCCUCUUCCUCUUCAGAUGCAGAUAUUCAUGUCCUAGUUCAGAUUCAUAAGCAUGUCAGUAUGCAGAUUAAUCACUACCAGUAUCUGCUCCUGCUGUUCCUUCAUGAAUCCCUCAUUUUGCUUUCAGAGAACUUAAGAAAAGAUGUAGAAGCUGUGACUGGCAAUCCUGCUAGUCAGACAUCCGUUUGCGUUGGAAUUUUACUGAAAAGUGCAGAAGUAGCUCUUUUACUACACCCAGUGGGUUAUGCAAAUGCUAUGAAGUCUCCUGCUUCUGAAAGUGUGAGCUCAAUGGUUCCUGAUUAUUUGCCUACAGAAAAUGGAGAAUUUUUGGCUUCUAAGAGGAAACCAGUUGGAAGUGUUACAGAUCAAAUUAGAAGUGUAACUGCUAACCAUUUGUCAGAUAACAGAUCAAUGAGUGUUGAUCUUAGCCAUGUCCCUUUGAAGGAUCCUUUACUUUUGAAAUCAGCUAGUGAUACAAAUCUGCAAAAAGGUGCUUUUCUGAAUUUAUCAGAUAAAAAUUUAGAAAAAAUAAGAGAAGAUGAAACUAGUGGGAAUGUUUGCAAACGUGAUUCAGAAGAAGUAUCAGAAACAUGUAAUAAGAAUUCAGUUUAUACAGAUUCAAAUAUUGUCUCAAGCAUCAGAGAAGAUUCAAGUGUACUGUCAUUUGACAAUGAUGGUGAUCAGCAGUUACUUAGUUUAACUGGUAAAGGAAAUGAAGCCAUAGAGUCCAUUACUGAGGCCGAAGAAACGGUAUCACUUUCUGAGAACCUGGAAGUCAGGAAAGAAGUGUCCACAGUAAGAACACUUAAACCACAAUCAUCUUUAAGUGAAAAACCUAAGGAUCGUUGCCCACCCAACCUGCCUCCACUUUGUCCUUAUAAGCCUAUGAAAAGAAGCUCCUCCCAUAUCUCCCUGGAUACCAUUUCACUUAAUAGCAUGAUUCUGGGAAAACAGCUACUAGAAAGUGAUGGGAGUGGGAGUCACAGAUGUUUGGAAAAAGGCAUUAAGAAGAACUCAACUACAAGUUCCCAGAGUCCAGCAGAGAGUGAAAAUGCCAGUGUAAACAUCGUGAAUUUUGGUGAAAACUCUCCAGAUGCCAUCAGUACAAAUUCUGAGGGUGCUCAAGAAAAUCAUGAUGAUUUGAUGUCUGUUGUGGUGUUUAAAAUCACUGGUGUUAAUGGGGAGAUUGACAUCCGAGGCGAAGAUACUGAAAUCUGUCUUCAAGUGAACCAAGUGACACCAGAUGAGUUAGGCAAUAUAAGCCUUCGGCAUUACCUUUGUAAUCGUCCAGUAGGUUUGGACCACAGAACGGUGACUCAUUCCAAAUCUCCUGAGGUUACUCUGAGAUUUGAAAGUGGGCCUGGUGCUGUAAUACACUCUCUACUUGCAGAAAAAAAUGGAUUUCUGCAAUGCCAUAUAGAAAACUUUUGCACUGAGUUUCUUACGUCUUCUCUUCUAAAUAUUCAACAUUUUUUAGAAGAUGAAACUGUUGCAACAGUGAUGCCAAUGAAAAUACAAGUUUCUAACACAAAAAUAAAUUUAAAAGAUGAUAGCCCUCGUGGUAGUACUGUAUCUUUUGAACCAGCUCCUGUAACCUUUCAUAUUGACCAUCUUGUGGUAGAGAGAAAUGACGAUGGCUCUUUCCAUAUCAGAGAUUCUCACAUGCUUCCCACUGGAAAUGAGUUGAAAAAAAAUGACAAAAGUGAUUCAUUGUUGAUCACUGGUAAAAAGUAUGAUUUGAAGAAACAGCAGUGUGUCACGCAAGCUACUCAGACAAGUCCAGAACUUCCUUGGCCUUCUCAAGGAAGAAAUUUUCCUGAAUAUGCCUUCGACUUUACUAGGGAACAGCUCAUAGAAGAGAAUGAAUCUCUUAAACAAGAGUUGGCUAAAGCCAAAAUGGCUCUUGCAGAGGCUCACAUAGAAAAAGAUGCCCUUCUUCAUCAUUUAAAGAAGAUGACGGUUGAAUAGCAGAAGGAAGGGAGUCAGCAGCUCAGAUUAUAGCUGUGCUCCAUGGAGGUUAUAUUUACAAUGUGGCAUUAUUGAGUGGAAAGAAGACUUUUUUUCAUGAAGUGAUAACAAAAUGAAGUGGAGUGAAGUGGUGACUAUUACUAAGCCAGUUUAGAAAGUUUUAGGGUAUAGGCAUUACUAGUUUUCAGUUAUGUUAUAUUUUGGGGCUUAACCUUCUUUUAAAUUGGUAUGAUAUGGGGGGAGUUAGCAUAUAUUAUAAAAUCAGUACACACCUAAUGAAAAGAUAUCAUUCCCUCAUUUUGAUAUCACACUGAGCGUUUUUGAAGAGCAGAAAUGAGAACCUGAAUUGUUCCCACAGAUUGUUGAAUUUAUUUAUCACUGUUGUUAAUAAUUAGUAUUAUUUACAAAAAUCCAAAUGCUUUUAGGGUUACUGUAAAAUAAAAGAAUGGUUACAGUUAAAUGUUAUUCAAAUUAUGUACUAAAAUCUAUAUUUAAUUAUUGUAAAAAGUCCAAAAUAAAUUAUAAUUGCUGGGUUUGAAAAUCUGAAAAAUCA